AAAACCCUAAUUUGAAGAGGGUCCUCCGCACUUCUUCCUCGAGAAAAUCUGUGCAAGCGCAUUCGUUGCUUCAGCUCAAUUGGCGUUGUACGUCUCCUUCUCUAUUCAUUCUGUAUAUUUGAAACAGAGGCCUUGGCCUUGCCGUUCUGCAUCUCCUCCCAUGAUAACCGCCUCGUUGUUGAUGUGGUGUUCAAUGAGGUUGGUGAUGCCGGGUCAACCACUAAUUUGUUGACUGAAUGUGGCUGUGAUUGGAAGCUGGGAGCAACGUGAAUUCUAAUUCACAAUGGGCAAUGGUCCAGCACCCUUUUCAGAUAUCGGCAAACGAGCAAAAGAUCUCUUGACCAAAGAUUACAACUAUGACCACAAGUUUGUAUUAUCAGUUCCUGGAUCUACUCCCAUGGGGCUGACAGCUACUGGUUUGAAAAAAGGUCAAAUUUUUCUUGGAGAUAUAAGUGCUCAGUACAAGAGCGGCAGGACCAUUGUAGAUGUAAAAGUUGAUACAUAUUCAAAUGUCUCAACAAAAGUAACUGUUCAUGAAGUAAUGCCCUGUAUGAAAGCAGUAUUAAGUUUUGAUGUUCCUGAUCACAAGUCUGGAAAGCUUGAUAUUCAGUACCUUCAUCCUCGAGUGGCCAUUGAUUCUAGCAUAGGCCUGAAUCCGUCCCCAAUUUUAAAUCUUGCUGCAGCAGUUGGUGGCAAGGAAAUACUUCUUGGUGGUGAAGUUGGAUUUGAUACUGCCUCUGCUUCUUUCACCAAGUACACCGCUGGGAUAAGCUUUAACAAACCCGAUCUUUCUGCUGCGCUUAUAUUGAUGGAUAAAGGGCAAACAUUGAAGGCAUCCUAUGUACACUCUGUGGAUGCCUCAAACAAUACUCAAGUUGUUGCUGAGAUGACACACGGAUUAUCUACGUUGGAAAACAGUUUCACAAUCGGAAGUGCUCACGUUCUUGAUCGUUACAACACUGUCAGAACCCGGUUCUCCGACAAUGGAAAAGUUGCAAUGGUGUGCCAACGAGAAUGGCGGCCAAAGUCAUUGAUAACCUUUUCGGCCGAGUAUGAUACCAAGAAAACUGAAGUAGCCCCCAAGUGGGGUCUUGCACUUGCUCUCAAGCCUUGAUACGGUUUGAAAGUGGAUUCGUUCUUCCAUUUCUUACGAUUGUUAGAAGCCGCAGAGUCGGUAAGUCUUUGAUGAAAUCAUUUUGGAACAUUUAAAUGGUAUAUUGAUUGAUGUUUAAUUGGAUUUUGGGAAAAAUUGACCCAUUUUUGGUAAUAUUCAUGUUCUUGCAAUGGGGCAAUACAUGGAAUUGUACGUUAGAUUGUGAUGGGAGCGCAAGUUCUAGUCCCAUGAAUGAUACCUUUCAGCUUAAUAAUCCAUGAUCAUGUUUUUAGAUAUCUUA